GGCGAGGUCCGAACGAUGAGAAAUAGGAAUGGGUCUCUUGGAGGCGAAGCAAGUGAUGAUCAGGAAGAGUCCAUGGCAUGUCGAGGAGCGACGAACAGUGGAGAGCUGUAUCCAUUCGCUGUUGGUUGUGCGUGGAACUUGCUUGGCCGACCGGAUCUCCCGUUUACCAUAGUGGGAUGUGCCGGAGGCCGUGGUGGUCUGCAUCGACUGUGUGUGCUGUCAUCGACGGCGUGUCUGUCUCCAGCGGGAGGAAGGGGCCUUGCGCCGGGGCACCGCUAGUGUUUGUAGCAUUACUUACAGCUCGAGCUCCAUUGAGCUCUCACAUUUGUUUCUUCCUCCCCUUCUGCACCGAUCCAGCUUUCUCCUGUCCCGAGGAGGUGGAGUUUCGUUCUUUUGACGAGGAGAAUCGUCUUCGGUGGCAGCAAGGAGUAGCUAGAAUUGCGGUCCCGUCUUCACCCGCAUUUCUCCCGUAGCUCGAGAUUUCGAAUCCUUCUGAGGAACUCCGCAUCCAUUCCUCCUUCGCCCAAUCUCUGCGUCGCAUCUCGCGAUGCGGAGUGUUAAAGCAGUAAAGUGUGCUUUCUUCUUGUUAGUAUGUUCUAUCUCUUUAAUUAGAUUAUCGGACGCCACCUAUGAACUCCCAUUCACGCACAAGUUCUCCGGAAAAGCCAGGGAAGAUCAUUAUGCCCAGCAGAGGGGAGAUUGGCCGUUCCCUGACGUCGACACCGUCGACUACCAAAAAUUUCUCACGCAUCGCGAUGCUGCCCGCCACGGUAGAAUGUUGGCCAACAUCCCUGCAAGCUACACUUUCCUCGAGGGCAAUUAUUCUAUUCAAUUCGUCGGAGGACUGUACUACUCGACGAUAGAUGUGGGUACACCAUCAGUGCCUUUCCUGGUCGCCUUGGACACUGGAAGUGACCUCUUUUGGCUGCCUUGCGAGUGCCAGUCAUGUGCGCCAACUUCUUCCCCAAUCUACGAGGACUAUGGCAUUACCAAUGCUUUGAACGUGUACAGUCCUACUGACUCAAACACUAGCAAAACAAUCGCCUGCGCCAGCGAUGAAUGCCAUUUGUACAUCAACCAAUGCGAUGCCAACGGUGGCGGGGAGUGCCUGUACAAAGUGAAUUACGCAUCCGUCAACACUUCUACCAGCGGGAGAUUGGUGGAGGACGUAAUUCACCUCAUUCCAAAUGAUGGGGAACCGACCCCCACGACGGUGCCUAUCGUUCUGGGGUGUGGCCAGAUGCAAACUGGAUCGUUCAUUGAUGGCUACGGCGCUCCGGACGGUCUCAUUGGACUGGGAUUUCAAAACUAUUCUGUGCCUGCUCUAUUGGCCAACUCGGGGCUCGUGAAGGAUUCUUUCUCCAUGUGCUUCGGACCUGACUUUUCAGGACGAGUCGUGUUCGGAGACAUCGGAUCCGCCACGCAAACGUCGACGCCGUUUUUACGCGUCCAGCCCGGAUCGUACGAUACAUACUUUGUCGGUGUGGAAGCAAUUGAUGUGGGAACGGAUUCAAUCACUGUCGGAGAGCCUGCCUUAUUCGAUACCGGCACAACGUACUCGUACUUGAACAGCUCCACUUAUCAACAGCUCCUGACUUCGUUUGAUAAGCAAAACACAGACUAUACGCGUAUCCCAGUAGGGAGCGAAGAGAUCCAGCCAUGGGAACUUUGCUACCUAACGACCGACGCCAUCAUCAAGACUCCCAGCAUCGAUUAUGUCCUCAAUGGAAAGGUUCCGUUUUCCGUCAAGUUCCCAUUUGUCCCCUUGAUCUAUCAGAACAGAACCCGCGCUGGGUUUUGCCUGGCCAUAUUUGAGUCGAACGCUAACAUCAUUGGAGUGAAUUUCAUGGUGGGAUUGAACCUUAUAUUUAAUCGGGAGGAACGGACUCUGGGCUUCGAGGAAACAGAUUGUUCUUCGCUGCAGGCGAACAGUGGAGCGGGUCCGGCUCCCGAGUCUGGUGGACCUGUCACCGGCCCAAAAGCACCUACACCAUCGCCUAGCAGAAGGCCUCCUCCCUCCUCUAACACAACCCCGGGUCCUGGUGCAUCUCCUGCGCCAUCUGGAGCAUCGAACAUUGCUGCAUUUUCGCUGGCCACUGGUCUAGCAUUAGCAAUUGUACACAUCUUGUUAUAGUGAGCAUCACUGAUUGUCGUAGCUUUAACUUCAUAUCAACCCUGUAGACUUACCAUUCUUUUAUCGUGAAGAUGUGGAGCCUAGAUAGAUAGUUCACUGCUGUAUGCCAGAUCAGAAGAUCUAUUAAUCUGUAUCAUCGGUUUUUGGCACACUCUUCUUGAUAGUUUGAUAGUGUCUACAAACUAUCAAACAGGCCAUUCUUUUAUUUGAAAGGAACUUUACAAACACGCCACUCCGAAAGGAAGUUUAUUGCCGGGAACAUUGCUGGAAGAGUGGGGCAAGCCCCUGUUAUUUCACAACGUGUAAUAAAAGAGCUGAAAGAGAAAUGGGGAGAAAAUGUCUCCCUCAUAGUACCAUCUUGUCUU